GAGCCAGGGAACGAUGUGCGUGCCCGUGUUUGGUCCUGAAGUGUCGAUGGGCCGCGACGCUGGGUCCAUUUCCCGUUUCACCAGCACAGGCAAAGGUGGCCGCUCGUGGGACGGAAAAAUAAUGCCACGGAAGGAGGAGGAGAUAUGCGGGAACAGGGCGGCUGGGCUAAGCGGUUCUCAUGGCGGUCGCCGUGUCGCUAGGCUGGUGGCCCUGGCCUUGAUCGUAGCCAUCAUUUUGGACACCGUGGAAAGCGCGAGCAUUGAGGGUGAGUCUAAAUAUUGUGGUAGCCUGUGCUGUAGACUGCAGCAUAUCCACUAAGCUACAAGUCGAUCAGCGCUUGACUUGUGGCGUAGUGGAUAUGCUGUACAUGCAACAUACGUGCGACCAGCAGAGCAUCAGACGGAAGAGAUUUUUUGCGGGAGGAUUAAACGAAAACGAGUGUACACCAAGCCUUAUAUUUAUGCAUUCGAAUCGUUAUGUUGGUGUUUGGGUAUAGUAUGAGGAAGAUGGUAACGGAAAUACAGGGCCCCCCAGGGGGAGAACGCGAGAGGAACCUGCACCUGGAACACUCCGUCUGUGGAAGCUAGAGCAGGUGUUCACACAGAGAGUCUUGCCAAAGAAUAGAGGUGUUCACAGAGAGAGCCUUGCGAGGACUAGAGACAGCGCAACACCGCAGAGUGUGACAAGGAACGAGGUGCACAGAUAGAAGGCUUCGAGUGGUUUUCCAGCUGGAGGAGCUGGGAAACAGUGUUGUCUUUUCCUGCACACACACACCGUUCUUUCGAAGGUGGUGGGGGAGAGGAGAGGACCGAUUGCAGCAGCCGUUUCAGUGUAAUACUAGGGAGAAGAGAAAUUGUAGGAUGCCAUUUGAGGGGCUUGGUCACCUGAGACUGCCGCGUGCGGUAAGAAUAGUCCCUCCACCGUUAAGCACUAUGCAUGUAUGUAGCAAUGCAGGGAGUGACCGUUUGAGUGGAUCACAAUGUGGUUUGCUCUCAGUGUGUAGAGCGUGUUUCAUUCACUUCGUUUGACUUGUCACCCACGAUACCGAUCCAACACCCACACAAUAUCAUACUUUUACACACUUCUUUGCACACGGACGGUGGAGAAAAACUGAAGGAAAAGUAUAUAUUUGUCCGGUGCGUAAACACGCCAAAUUGGAAUUCAUGAGACGUUUUUUCUGCG